CUACUAGAAAUGACAUGGACCAUAGGAUAAUAUUAAGAUUAAAAAGUUAGAAUUGGAGAGGGUGGGAGUUGUAAGACAAGAGGGUACCACUCACUAGUCAUAACCAGGUUGCGAUCUGCGUUUCCCUGAAACCAAAAAAAGAAGCGAGAGAAUGUUACAGCUGUUAUUCACGAUAGCGUUCUCGGCGGCGCCGUUAACGCUGUACAUACCACCGAUCAGAUGUUUGACGGCGUUCGCUCAGACGAUGGAGGAGAUGGAAAUUGAAGGCAGGCUUUAUAGAGGGAGAGUCUUCGCUCGCGCCAGAAUAGCUUGGUCUAGGCUUCUCGAUUGCUUCUUCUCCUCUUCUCCUCGCCGUCCUUAAUUAAAUUGUUCCUCUCUUCUCUCUUUCUCUGUACAUAUUUAUAUAUCUCUCAUCAUGUUUCCUCUCUCACUUUACUUUCGUUGUGUUUCGAUUUGGGAUGUUUCAAGAAUCAAGAUGAUGAUAGAGACUUAGGGUUUUGUUCUUGUACUUGAUCUUCUUAAUAAACAGAGAUGGAUCAUACUCCUCUUCUUGUUUUUUUAUAUACCAAUCUCUCUUUUAUUUAAA